GGGCGUCUCACUCGCGCAGAUCCUGGGGGCUGGCAGGAGGCGGUGGAGCUGCGGUCCAACUGCUGAAGUCUCCAUGUGACAGUGAGUGGGGUCCCCUUUCCACGGAGCCACUCCACUCCUGAUCACAGCCCCCCCGGAAACCGGGCCACUAUUCCCGCGCCGACAGACCGACAGGCCCCGGGGACGCUGAGCAUCGGACCGUGCCGCCGCCACACUUGGGGUGCGGAGUGAACGGCUGCCCGGAGGGGGGAAGGAGGCGGAGCGGCGCGGCGAGCGGGGCUCUGUGGCGGCAGCGGCGGCGCCGGCGCCCCCGAGCUGGCAGACAUGAACGGUUUCACUCCGGAGGAGAUGAGCCGCGGCGGGGACGCGGCCGCCGCCGUGGCCGCGGUGGUCGCCGCUGCAGCGGCCGCCGCCUCGGCGGGGAAUGGGAACGCGGCGGGCGGUGGGGCAGAGGUACCCGGUGCCGGUGCGGUGUCGGCUGCUGGCCCCCCCGGAGCGGCGGGUCCGGGCCCCGGGCAACUCUGUUGUCUGCGGGAGGACGGCGAGCGGUGCGGGCGCGCGGCGGGCAACGCCAGCUUCAGCAAGAGGAUCCAGAAGAGCAUCUCGCAGAAGAAGGUGAAGAUCGAGCUGGAUAAGAGUGCAAGACAUCUCUACAUUUGUGAUUAUCAUAAAAACUUAAUCCAGAGCGUUCGAAACAGAAGAAAGAGGAAAGGUAGCGAUGAUGAUGGAGGAGAUUCACCUGUUCAGGAUGUCGAUACUCCAGAGGUUGAUUUGUACCAAUUACAAGUAAAUACACUUAGAAGAUACAAAAGACACUUCAAGCUUCCAACCAGACCAGGUCUUAACAAAGCACAACUUGUUGAGAUAGUUGGCUGCCACUUUCGGUCUAUUCCAGUGAACGAGAAAGACACCCUGACGUAUUUCAUCUACUCGGUGAAGAAUGAGAAGAACAAAUCAGACCUCAAGGUGGACAGCGGGGUUCAUUAGGAGAGGCGGCUUCUCGUUCGUUCGGGCGGGCCCCUGGCCGUCUGGCUGUCAGGAAUGUUUACUCUUUUUCAUAUGUAGAAAGGUUCUUGUGUGUUUUUCUACAGAGGAUUUCCUUUGCCUUUUGUUUGUUUGUCUUUGAUUCUAAUAAUUAGUUGGAAACUCGUGUAAACUGAGCUUCCUAAAUUAAAACUAUUUUAAAUAAAGGUUAUUACUGUUA